AUGCUCGAAGAUCACCGUUUUACUGACACGAUUUCGCGAAACACUUCCGUACAAUCAGCAAUUGAGCGAUUUGACCAACGCAGAGUGAGCAUGAUUGAAAGCUCGCCGAAAUCUAACGAGACCUCACUAUCAGAAGGGACCACAAACAGGCAGCAUCAUAAUCAUACGGAUUUAGCUCCUCCAGUUCCCCGAGCGCGGAAAGUAUUAUCUUUACCAGAAAGCCCUCCUCAAAGAGAGUUCAGACUAUCAACAACGAGCCCCAGCGAACCAUUCAUGUUCCAGAAGCAGCGCUCCAAGUCAACGCCUAUGAACCCAAACGUGCUAUUACAUUCGCGUGAUGCCUCGCUCUACCCCCAAAUGAAAUUUUCUGACCAACGGUUUCGACCAACUAAUUACGGAGCAGGUAUCACAGGAGUGUACCAGGAAGUAGUGUAUUCUGCGGCGUCUGAAGAUGAUCGUGCUGAAGAUAAAAGUCAAAUUCCUGCCAUGCAAAAGGAAACGAAUUUGGUCGAGGCAGAUGUUUAUAAGGAACAG